CCAUGGCGUCCACCCUUUCCUACUCAUUUCUUUCCUUCGCUGCUACCGACAUUAUUACUCUCGGGCAAUAAAAAGCUCGGGCUUUGGCUUGGAUUUAGUCUAUUGUUUGGUCGAUCAUGCCCGGGAUGAUUCAAGAGGAAAGAUCAUCGCCCAGGAGUAAUGGAAAUCCCCACACUACGAAUACGAAUUCCAAUUCGAAUUCGAAUUCGCCGCCUCUGCAAUCCUUCUCGGAGAUGUCUCUGGCCUCAAUCCGGCACGCCAUUAGUAGCCCUUAUCCUCAGACAUGGGUGUCGGCGUCUGGGUCGCCAGAGCUGAAAGCAGAGGAGAGGGGAUUACGGCUGAUCGAGCUUCUGGGUAUGUGUGCGAACCAUGUGUCGGCGGGGAAUAUGGAGCAGAGCAAUCUUUGCAUGGAGCAGAUCUCGAAUUUGGCGUCGUUAACGGGCGAUCCCAUGCAAAGAUUGGCCACGUAUUUCAUGGAAGGAUUGGCGGCGAGAAUCACCAAGGCCUGGCGUGGCUUGCACAGGGCUUUGAAUUCGACCCACCUGCCGUCCAUUGUGGAACUCGUUUCAGCCAGGCAGGUGUUCUACAGUCUGUUUCCUUACUUCAGAUUUGCCAUGGAGGCGGUGAAUCUGAUGAUUCUGGAGGCCAUGCAAGGGGAGAAAGUGGUUCAUGUCAUCGACCUCGAUGCCUCUGAGCCUGCUCAGUGGAUUGAGCUUCUACGCCUGCUUCGCCGCCGGGAAGAGGGCCCUCCCCAUCUGAAAAUCACCGGGAUUCAUGAGAAAAGGGAGGUCUUACAGCAGACAGCCGCCAGAUUGACAGAGGAAGCAGAGAGAUUGGACAUUCCCUUCCAGUUCAUCCAGGUUGUCACCAGGCUGGAAAACCUCACCGACGACAUGCUCAAUGUUAAAACAGGGGAUGCAGUCGCCAUUAGCUCUGUUUUGCAGCUUCAUGUCCUCUUGGCGGAGGACGACCGCCCAGGAAUGUUAACCCCGAGCCCGAGCCCGAGCCAUGGCCAUGGCGCUAGCCCAUCUUACAUUCUAGGCCAGGGCCGGCGGUCCCCUCAGCCAGAAGGCCGAUUGAAUGGAAAACGCCCUCGGGAAGUCACCUGCAAUGAAGAUCUGCUGCGGUCCAUGUUCACCCAGUACCGUAAUCCACCUCCCCAAUUGCCUGCAACUCCGGAUCGAACUCUGGGAGAUCUUCUGGAGAUGGAACGGAGCUCCAUGGGCAUGCCCAUGAUGUCGCCUUCGGCGAUCGAGGCCGUGAUCAACAGUCGAAGGUCGAAUGUGAGCGCAGAGGAUGGAAACAGGGGAGGAGGCAGGGGAGGCAACGUGGAUCGAUUCCUGCAGAUGAUGAGGGGGCUUUCGCCGAAGAUGAUGGUGGUUGUGGAGCAGGAGUCGAAUCACAACAGUGCGCGGCUGGAUGACCGGCUGAGUGAGGCCUUGAACUACUAUGCCGCCAUGUUCGACUGCCUGGAAUCUGUGCUUCCGCAGCACUGUAUUGAAAGGGUGACUCUGGAGAAGCACAUGUUUGGGCAGCAGAUUGAGAACAUUGUGGCAUGCGAGGGAGGUGAGCGCGUGGAGAGGCAUGAGAAAGUUGAGCGCUGGAUGAAGCGACUCCAUCGUGUGGGCUUCGCUCUGGUUCCUCUCAGCUACGCCACCGUCAUGCAUGCACAGAGACUGGUGCACACAUACUCUUGUGACUCUUACAGAAUUCAAGAGGACAGGGGAUGUCUUAUGAUUUGCUGGCAGGAUCGCCCUUUGUAUACUGUUUCCGCUUGGCAAUCCUGAGUAAAUUUCAUAGCUUCAUGUCCUUUUUCUUUCUCAUUCUGAUCAUCUCCCAUAGGCUAAGCACAGUAGUCUGCGGAAGGUUUUGUUUAUAUUUGGAAAGAUUAUUUCACAUUUCAGUUAAAAAAAUUGGUAUAAAAUUUUGAAGAUAGUUUACAAAUACAGUUUAUAGAGUGCAAUUCAAUUUUUUAUACAGAUUCGUAUUUCUUAUAUGGUUAA